AUGUUUUCGAGAGUGGCAAGGAGGCAGCUCGCGGCCUCCCAGCGGCUGGGCAAGGAGUUACGCUGCAGGGAACAUGGUCGCCUGUUCUCAACAACUGUCUCGAGACAGGCUGAUUUUGCGCAUGUGGUCAUCGGCGGCGGCGUAGUCGGCCUCGCGAUAUCGCGGGCCCUCGCCCAGCGCAACCCAAACACCCUCCUGCUGGAGCGACACCUCCAGCCAGGCCAGGAGACCUCGUCGCGCAACAGCGAGGUCAUCCACGCGGGCAUCUACUACGGCGCGUCGACCCUCAAGACGGCCCUGUGCAUCCGCGGCAAGGAGCUGCUGUACGACUACUGCGCGGCGCACGCCGUCCCGCACCGCAACACGAGCAAGUUCAUCGUGGCGCAGACGCCCGCGCAGCGCGACGCCCUCGAGCACGUCCACAGGCACUGCACCGAGGCCCUGGGCGGCCGCGUCCCGGUGCGCUGGGUGGGCGCCGACGAGCUCGCGCGCCGCGAGCCGCACGUCCGCGCCGACGCCGGCUGCCUCGAGAGCCCGACGACGGGGAUCGUCGACAGCCACGCGCUCAUGGUCGCGCUGCUGGGCCACCUGGAGGACGCGGGCGGGACGUUCAGCCCGGGGAGCAGGGUGGUGGGCGUCUCGCCGCUCGGGGGGAGCAGCCCCGCGAAGGGCAGCGGCGGGUGGGAGGUGGCGGUGCGGGACACGCAGUCGGGCGAGGAGAGCACCAUCACGGCGGACACGCUCGUCAACGCGGCGGGGCUGGGCGCGUGCGACGUGCUGAACAUGGUCGUGCCGGAGGCGCGGCACAUGCGGACGUACUACGCCAAGGGCAACUACUUCUCGUACGGGGCGUCGGCCCCGCGCGUCGGCACGCUCAUCUACCCCGCGCCGCAGGCCGGCGCCGGCGGGCUGGGCACGCACCUGACGCUCGACAUGGGCGGGCGCGUCAAGUUCGGCCCGGACGUCGAGUGGGUCGACUCGCCCGACGACCUGGCCGUCAGCGGCGGCCGCAUGGGGGCCGCCACGGCCGAGAUCAAGAAGUACCUCCCCGGCGUCGACGUGGGCGCCCUGACGCCCGACUAUGCUGGCAUCCGGCCCAAGCUGGCGCCCGGGCAGGCUGUCAUGGAGGGCCGGGGGUUCAAUGACUUUGUCAUACGUCGCGAGGAGGGGUAUGAGGGCUGGGUGAAUCUGCUUGGGAUCGAGAGCCCUGGGCUGACGAGCUCGUUGGCCAUUGGGGAGAUGGUGGAGGGGUUGUUGUAUAGAUGA